AUGGUCUCACAGUGCCUGCAAUUUGCCGAGCGUCUUCGCUACCACCCAGGCAUUGACAGUUUUGAGUCCGCCAUGGAUGGUGGUCGCUGUGGUCUCGGCACCGCAGCGGCGGAUCUCCGGACAACUCGUCAGUUCGCCUGGGUAGAUCGCCUUCGUGAGGUCUACGACCGUCUGUGUGGUCAGGUGAGUUACCUCCUGAGGGGGGUUGUUUCGCAGCAGGAUUCUGUCUGCCUUAAAAGCUGUGCGCGUUACUUACUGUUUAUCUGCAGCCAUUUCAGUCGCAAAUUCUUGCUUUUUGCUAUUUGUUGUUACUAA